AAAAACAUUAAAGAAAAUGGCUGUCUGCCUAUUGAAGCCGCUUGCUGUCAAAAUAUUAAAAUAAUUACUUGACGCGUAUGAGUUUCAAGUUUUAUUCAUAAAAACAGUAGAAAAACGCUAUUAGAAUAAAUAUAUCAUACAAUUCAUCAUAAUUCCAGUAGAGAUGAAAUAGUUAUCGAUCCGCAAAGGUCAUUUACACCUUUGCUAGUUUGCUUCGUGUCUUGCGUAUUGGGUUGGGGCAACAGCAACAGUGAGGAUGAGCUCGGAGGGCUCGCCGCGGCCCCCGGGGCGCAGGAUCCGGCGCGUCGUGCUCAUGUCGUCCGCCUCGAGCUCUGACAGCGACGAGAGUGUCGGCGCGGCGCGAUCACGCAAGAAGCGCCUUCGAGUGGUGAGCGAGUCGGAGGGGGCGGAGAGCAGCGGCAGCUCGGUGCGCGCGGCGGGGACGCGGCGUCGGCGCCUGCCUCAGCUGAGGGACUCAGAACUGGAGAGUGAGUUGUCGGGCUCCGACAGUGACCCGUCCCCGCGCACGGCGCCCCCCGUUACCGCCGCCGCUGCCUCAGGCUUCGCCUCAGACAGCUCGGAAGGCAACUCGGACAAAUGCUCCAUCUGCCUGCUCCGCUUCACCGACCAGCAAGUGGGCACGCCGCAAGCCUGCGAGCACAUAUUCUGUCUCGACUGCAUCACAGAAUGGUCAAAGAAUGUGAACACAUGCCCUGUGGAUCGUAUCACUUUUGAGUCCAUAGUUGUGAGGUCAUGCAUUGGCGGGCGAGUGCUCCGCACGGAGCCUGUCAAGGUGGUGGAGAGAAGGUCCUCGGUGGACAUGUUGGUUGUGGAGGACCCAACCAUUUGUGAGAUUUGUGGCAGUUCAGAUAGUGAGGAGACCAUGUUACUCUGUGAUGGUUGUGACCUUGGAUACCACAUGGCAUGCCUCACCCCACCCUUGGACCAGAUCCCUAUAGAUCAGUGGUUCUGCCCAGACUGUGCAGGGGAUGCAGCUGGGGACAAUGUCAUCUAUCUGUCUGAGGUCAAUGACUUGUUGAUGGACAUUGAAGACAUCCAGCGGCCACUGCCGGCUCGGGCCCAUCCAUUGAGGCAGCCGAGGAAUGUGAGGAGGUCUGCUCGUACACAGGAGGCUAAUGACCAGCCCACAACAUCUAGUGGGCGCAGAAGUCAAUCUCAGCUCAAUAGUGAAGCUCCAUCUACGUCACGCAGUACGGCCCCUCGUCGCAAGACCACUACUAGACGCAGGAAGUACAAGAGACGAAGAACCAGAACAGUCCUCAUUGAGUAUGAGGUUCAGGGAGAUGGAAAGUUUCCCAUCACAAAGAAAGUCAAAAGAAAAAUUCGGAAGAGAAAGAUCCGCAAGCCGCGCACGGCGGCGCGUCGCUCGCUCGUGCGCGCGUCGGUGCGCGCGCGCCUCGCCGACCUGCGCACUGCCGCUGAUGCUACUGACACUAUUGGCGCAAGUCAAGGCGUCCAAUCCCUGUUCGUGGCGCGGCGGCGAGCGGGCGUGCCCUCGCUCAGUCUGUUCGGGACUCGCGACCAAUUGGAGUACUUCGAAGAUGAAGACGGUUCAGAGACGGCCGCUACUGCUGGUACUGCCGUCGCCUCGCGCCCUACUGCCGCCGUGCUUAGUGCUUAUAGACAGGCUCGCCGCAAAAUGAUAUCGAUCCCGUCGCCGCCGCACGCGUCCUCCGCCCCGGACAUCCUGUCCUCCAUCCUCGACAGCCAGUCGCGCCUCCACUCGCCACACUCCGUCGUCUCACUCACAGUCGACGGACAAGUCGACAUCAAGCUACAAACUAACCUGAUCAGGAAAGACGGCAAGAAGAAGGACGAUAAAGUCGACGUGACGAAGGGAGAAGACACGUCGAAGAAAGCUCCGUCCUAUCCAGGGCAAAGAGGCGGCUGGGGCGGAGGCUACAGAGGCAACUACCAUCGCGAACAAGGAUCCACGUUUAACAGAAGCGGGAAUUAUGAGAAUAGCUUCCGUGGUGGAAACUUCCAGAACAGACAGCAAGGGAAUGGAGGCGCGUGGCGCGACGAACAAAACGACAACAACUAUGAACACUUCCCGCGCAGGCAGCAUCAUUACGACGAGCCUCAGGAUAGGAAUAGACGACAGGAUAACAACAGGGGCGGGUACAAUCAGAGAGACCAGGGCCGCCACAGCUACAACGACAACAGUCACCACGCGCCGCCACCCGCACGACACUCGUUCGGAGGUUUUGACAACCCUGUAGACAUGAGACUAGGCAACUCAUCCUUAGCUCACAACGACGCCCCACGGAGGCAGACACUGCCUGAACCGCCAGUGUUUAAGUUCAAGAGCAAUGUGGACGAAGACGACAAAAGUGACCCGGAGAGUCUAGUGAUUGAUACUGAGAAGUACGAUCCGAUGGAGCCGACGCACGAUGAGGACGAGGACGAGGGGCAAGGGGAGGGGAGCGGGGCGUUGCCGUCCCCCCCGCGCGCCCCGCUGCUGGCCCCGCCCUCGCCCCCGCAGGCCCCCGCACCGCCCCUGCAAGCCCCGCCCCCUGUGCCCACCACGCUGCUACCCAUACCACCCCUACCCAACCCCCCACCGAACCUACAGAAGAUCCUAUCAGGAAUUGACACCAACACAAUUAAUGUACCAUCCAAUGUACUCGAUAACGCAGUGAGACAAGUCCUCAAAGAGCACAGGAAUCUAAUAGUGCCUCCGAGUGGCAGCAAAAGUGAUGAGGAUUCCGACGGUGACUGUCCCAACUUCUCUAUUUAUUCAGCCACUAGUGUUCACAUAGCUAAUACGUCUAAUCAACACCCCGAUAAUACACAUCCUCAGGAGCCUGUAGUUCAUACAGUCAGAAAUGAAUCUCCUAUACCUGAGCCAGAGGACUCUCCGGUCAGACCUAGUGAGGAAGAGCUGCAGCAAGAAAAAUACAAGCAGACGAUUUCUAAGCGGUGUCCGAUCACACCGUCCGCUAGAAAUCCAAUUAAGAUCAAGUUAAAUACGCCGCAGUCGAUAAAGAGACUUAAUUUAUACGACGAUGAAGAUUCCGUGCCUGAUGACGCAGGCAAACCGGUUGAUAAAGAUCAACCAACUGAUAAAAAUAGAGAUAAGGCAAGUAGAGAUAGAAGUAAAACUCCUGAGAGAAGGACGUCCAAGUCUAGCAUAAGUCCAGACAAGAGCAGUUCUGUUGCAGAUAGUAAGAGUCCUAAACGUAGUGUAAAUAGUCCUGAUAAGAAACAGUCUAACAAUAACGAACAGAGUGACCACUCGCCAUUAUACGAUGAACCACCUGUACAUAAUGACGUAUUAGAUAACAAUAGCAAUAAAGAAGAUGACGACGAAGAUGAUAAAAAUGCUAAUAACGUCAAUGAUAAAGAGGAGUCAGAUGUGGAUAAGUCACCGAAAUCAGACGCAACACCGGAUAUGCCACAAACAGAAGAAGCAGACCAACUGGACGGAGAUCAAGCAGUGUCGGACUCAGAGCUCGACCUCAACUCGCAGACAUCCAAGCAAGAUGGCGACAAACAACCGGAGAAAAUGACAGAGUCCAUCAGUGAAACGGAAGACGAACGCAGCUAUACGCCGUGUCUAGACGAAAACAAGUCUACGAGAGAAGACAACUCGUUUGAAGAGAAGGAAGCAGCCGGAAUAGAAGGGCUUGACACAGAAAUGAUCUCCGAGGACGAAGGCAACGAAAUGUUCUCCGACACUGAGAAGGAGAAGGAAUGGUCGCCGAAACCACAAGCCGAUAAAGAAGACGGGGAAAUACUAGACAAGCUUCGCGCCGCCUCCCCCGCGCUGUCAGAUGAUGGCAAGAAAAAGAAGAAAAAAUACACCAAGAAAGAGUCGAAAGAAACCAAAAGCAAAGGAAAGAAGAAGAACGAUGUGGCUUUCAAAAAAGUUAGCAAGACGAGCAAAGAACGCAACUACAGAGACAAGGAAGAUAAGAAGCGGCGGGAAAGAGACGGGUCCGAUUCUGAGCGCAGCCGCAGUCGCGAGCGACGCAAGGAGAAGCGUAAGGACUUGGAGCGAUACGACGUCCGCAACCUGGUCACAGCGAAACGUCGUCGGGUUAAAGACGCGUUCGGUCGCGACGUGUCGCCGUCGCGGUCGCCGUCCGCGCCGCCGCCGCGCUCCCCGCCGCCCGCGCCGCGCCGCUCCCCCCAUAAACGACGCAAGUCUAUAACGCCCAGACGCAAAUCUAUCUCGCCGCGACGAAAGUCCAUUUCGCCGAGGCGCAAGUCGAUUUCACCGAGACGUAAGUCCAUUUCGCCCAGACGCAAGUCUGUGUCGCCUAGACGUAGGUCGAUAACGCCGCGACGACGAUCAGGGUCGCCUCGCCGACGCUCCAUAUCGCCUCGGAGACGCUCCAUAUCGCCUCGGAGACGCUCCGUGUCUCCACGGCGUCGCUCCGUGUCGCCGCACCGUCGCUCGGCGUCGCGCGGCCGCAAGCGCUCCCGUUCAGUGUCGGCCCGCCGCCGCCCCGCGCCGCCCGCGCCGCGCUCGCGCUCGCCCCGGAAUAAAACCAAGAAGAAAAAACGCCCGCGCUCCGCCUCCCGCGACAAGCGACGCCGCGCGCGCCGCGACAAGUCGCCCAAACACAAGAAGAAGAAGAAGAGCUUCUCCCCCGAGCUGGAGCUGUCGCCGGCGUGGGGCCGCGCGUGGUCGCCGUCCCCCCCGCGCGCCGGCACGCCCCCGCGCCUCGACCCCCCGCCGCCCCGCACCGACGAGACCAAGCGCAAGAAGAAGGAGAAGAAACGCCUCCGCGAGGAGGAGAGGCGCCGCGCCGCCGCCGCGCCCGCGCCCAGCAAGGAGAUCUUCACCUCCGGGAACAACAUCCUCGUGAGCGUGAGCUUCGCGGACCAGGAGCCGGCCGCCAAGCGCAAGCGCCGCGGGGCCCGCAAGGAGAAGCGCCGCGCCGCCGCCGCCGCGCCCGAGCCCGCCGCCAAGCCCGUCGCCAUCAUCGACCUGGAGCGCUCGCCCUUCCGCGAGCUCACGCCCUCGCCCAAGAACGUGAUCGUGCUCAGCGACAGCGAGCACUCGCAGGCCGGCGCCGAGCCGCCCGCCCCCGCGCCCGCCGCCCCCGCCGCGCCGCCCGCCCCCGCGCCGCCCGCCGCGCCGCUCGCCGGGCCCAAGACGCCGCCGGAGCCGCUCAAGUUCACCAUCCCGAAGCCGGCGCCCGCGCCGCGCGCCGCCAACCCUCUAGCCGAGCCCGAGGCCGAGGAGGCGCGCGGGCCCAGCACGCCGCCCUCGCCCGGCUCGCCGCCCGCCUCGCCCGCCUCCUCGCGCGACGCCUACGACCCCUUCGAGCCCACGCGCUCGCCCUCGCCCGCGCCCGCCGCCCCCGCGCCCGCCGCCGCGCCCGCCAUGACGCUCGAGGCGGCGCAGAAGACCAACAUGUCGGCGGACGACGUGCUCGACCAGCGCCCGCUCACGCCGGGCGAGAAGGUGAUGGCGCUGCUGCAGUCCACGCGCGCCGUGUCGCCCGACGCGCCGCCGCCCGCCGCGCCCGAGGACCGCCCGCCCACGCCGCCGCCCGCGCCUGCCGAGCCCGCCCGCCCCACGCUCACCGUCGCCUCCACGCAGCGCAUCGUGCUGCCCUCGCCGAAGAACUCCCCGCUUAAGUCUCAGCCUCCUAAAUUAUUCCUGACGAAGCCGUCGCCCAUCAAGUCGACGCCGAUCAAGCCGCUGCAGUCGACGAAGAUCUCGAAGCUGCCGCUGCCCGCCGUGAAGCCGGUGCAGGGCCGCAAGGCUCGCGCAGACCUGGACGUGGAGCUGGGCGGGGACUCGCCCUACUCGCCCGGCUCCAGCGACUUCGGCGACCUGUUCGAGCCGCCGCGCGGGAAGGCCGACGUCUUCGACUCGCUGUUCGGCGCCGCCAAGAAGAAGAAGUCCAGUAAGGGUGCGAGCAAACCAACGAAAAAGAAAAGCAAGAAGACUCAAGUGGGCGUGAAGAUCGAUGACGAUAACCUGAAGGUUCUAGACGAGCUGCCCAAUUCCGCGGUCGAGAUGCAAGUCAAGAGCAAGUUCCUGAAGAAGCUGAACCGUCAAGAGCGCGUGGUAGAAGAGGUGAAGCUAGUACUGAAGCCGCACUACAACAAGAAACAUGUCACCAAGGACGAAUAUAAGGACGUGCUGCGACGAGCCGUGCCUAAGAUUUGCCACAACAAAUCCGGUGAGAUUAACCCGACCAAGAUCCAAAGUCUUGUGGAAGCGUACGUGAAGAAGAUACGCAAGAAACACAAGCUGGGGCUAGCGUAGCAGACGGACGCCGACACCAGGCAACACGAUGAAUCGAGCGAAUAAAUCGAGUUAUCGAAACUAUUCGCGGGCUGGCAACACUGCAUGAAAGCUCAAACAGAAAUCCCGUGCCUUUAAAAAAAUACUCUCGGUUAAAAUGAGCGGCAAUAAUAUAUUUGUAAAGACUGUCAAUUAAUGCGCGUGCGCUGUUUUUUUGACGUUUUAAUGUAUUUUUAUUUUUGCAUCAACAGUUGAAUGAAGUUAAAAUAAGAAUUCAUGCAGGAAUGUCCAGCAUCGUGGAGGCUCUCAGUCGGCGCUCUAUAGUGAAAGAUGUCUAUCAAAUCUAGUAUAUUGUAAUUAUGAAUAAUAUGUAAUUUUAACUGACAAUGUAUUUUACUUAAGUGUUUUAUUUAAAUAAAUAACUAUAGAACGAGCUGCGAUUUUAUGUGUGGUGUAGGAACUAGAUCAUGUCUGUAGAUAACAAAUUAAAUUUUAAAUAUAGCUUUUUGCAAAUAUGUUUAAAUUUAAUAUGUCUUUUAUGUUCGGCCCUGAGUUAUGAACCCAUAUUUAUAGAGAAACACAUAUCGAAAAUUUAUUUAUCUUUAUUGAAUCACAAAAAAGACUAUUUAAAAGUUACAAGCUGUCAUGGCAUACAUGGCUAGUUUUUGGUAUUGGUACACUAAUAGUGGGGAUUAUAAAUAUCUAAACUAAAAGAUUGCCGACAAAGCUGGAGGAACUUCAUUUACUGUCUAAUUUUACAAAUUCACAUCUCAAAAUACAAAAAUAUACACAUAUAAGGCCAUUGAUGUAAUCAUAUCAGUUCCUACCAUUUUAUCACUACCUAUUUUAGAAUACACAUUUUUUUUUUCGUAAAGACUUGUUAUUAUUUUUCGAAUUUUAUUGCUUACAUGACGACUGGGUUUACUAAUAGUAGGCAUGUAGAUAAAUCUCCAUAUUGGUAAUCUCGAUUUUCAUCACAUAUAAUCUUUUUCUGAACAUUUUACACGCACGUGAUUUCUUGGCGAAAUUUUAUUCCUAGUUUUCUCUGAUUUUCGCUUCGGUAGUAAACAACUAAACACUUGGCAUAUUAACUGCAUUUCCAUGAUCAUACGUGCUUAUGCAUAUUUCAUCGCAGCAAUGAACGCAGUUUAUUAUGCCAAGUGUAUAAAAUAAAA